GUAUAUAGUUAGUAGAUUGCCAGUAUAUAGUCAGUAUAUAGUUAGUGUUUUGGAUGGCGUCGCUGUGUUUGUCCCUGUAACUGGCAGUUAACAUGGGAUCCAUGUACGCGCUACGGAAUGCACAUGGUGCUUUCCGUACCAACAAAGUAAUCCGUUCGGAGUGAAAACUCAACUUGCCAUGUGCACAGUCGGUACCGGACAGUAAGGGACCAGCUGUAUCAGCGCAUAGAAGCGGCAGCUGCGUGGAGUUUAUGCACACACAACUGCUUACGAGGUGGUUGGAGUGGGGGGGCAUCAGGGCAAGUCCGACGAGUUCCACCGGUUCAACAGGUUCAACAGGUUCAACAGGUUCAACAGGUUCAACAGGUUCAACAGGUUCAACAGGUUCAACAGGUUCAACAGGUUCAACGACUAGGUCGGCGCUAGAAGAGGCACCGAAGGCUGUGAGCCCAUCCUGUCCUCGCCGAGCCAUCCCCACCCCCGCUGACCGCCGCUCCAAGGCAAUUGCCCCCGAUUCAAGAGGAUGGGGGAUGGGAGGGAGGGAGGACAAGAAAUCCUUCUCUGAAUCAUGCCGUGCUCUCAGUCGAUGCUUUGUUCGGACAAGCUGACGUUGGAAGCAGUCCUCGUCCUCGCCGCUCCGUUGUCCCCGCGUCCUCGAGCGCCAUCUCCCAUCUUUGGCUCCAGCCGCCCACGCAACCGAGCACCAGUACCCUCUUUCCCCGACGCACGCUACUGUACAGUACUGUACUGCCUUCCUUUGUACUUUGUACGUAUGUCAGCGUCAGCGGUGGAGGGAUGUGCGGAAUCGACCGCCAGAUGGACCACGGGGGAGCACCGCGAGGGAGGCGCGGUCCUGGUCUGUUCUGGCCGGCUUGGGAGACGGGCUGGCAAUUGACAGUUUCACUAUUUCCUGAGCACUGGUUGGUGGGUUUGAGAUUGAUUCCAGCAGUCCGCCGGACGCCGAAACCAUAACCGCGACCGCCGUUCGAUCUCGGCGCUUUUGAUCAGAUAGUGUCAUCAUCACGUCGCGCUACUGUGCCUGCUGGUUCUGCGCGAUGGGGGGUGCGGCUGCGCCAUGAUUGACAGAUAGGUGAUCCAUGCAUGGACAAGGAGAGAUGACAGUCUAUCGCGCAAGUCCAGCACUUGUACCAUACCGUGUAGCAAAGUCGAGUACGUGCCAUGGUACGUGAUAUACCGAUAGACGUCACAGCGAGUACUUGCCUGUCGCAUGUGGUGGUCCAAGGUCUCAUCAAGUCUCCUUCGCUCCUGCUGCAGCCAUUAUAGGCCAUUAUAGAGGACUAUUCAGCAUAGAUAUAGUAACAACUGAGCGCUAGGUACAUGGCGAUACUUACAGAGCGACUAGAAAGACCCCCGAAUAAACCCUAGAACCAUCGCCGAAUCAUCCCAGACGGACCUUGUACUCUGGGAACGUUACAUGCCUUUGCUGGGGAUAGUCUAGUGUUGGAGACGGUGAACAAAAGAUUAAGGGGGUGGUGUAGGGAGGGGCCGUAUGGAUUCUAUAGUACUAUACAGUGCUCUACAGUCAUAAUCCGUCAAGUCGAUAGCUCGGGUGCCGUAAAUACCAUCGAGAUAGCGAGAUAUCGAACGUAUUUUGGUAGUGGACAGCUGUCUUGUGCGUCAGCCCCGAGUGGAUGCUGCACUGUUGCGCUGCGUUGGCUGGGACUGCUACUCUACAUCAGAUUUGAAAUAAUAAGACCGAGGCCACUAGAAAGGCCGCGCUCGUGGUGAUCUGGUGGUGGUGGGUGGUGGGCGGAACAACUGCGAGAUC